AUGGAAAGCACCGUGCAGCUCCCGAAGAUCGUCCUCUUUGGCGACUCAUUGACGGACUGGGCAUUCAACGAAUACAACGCCGGCUUUGGUUGGGUUUUGGAAGAAGAAUACAAGGGCAAGGCCGAGCUCACCGAUUGUGUAUGUACAAACAGGUAUACAUCGUCGAUGCUUGCACCCAACUUUGAGAAGAUCAUUUCGCGUGCCAAGAAUCCGAACGCACCCCCCACUCUCCUCUUCACCAUCUUUCUCGGAGCGAAUGAUGCUUGUCUACCCCCAUGGUCCGGCCACGUUCCGCUAGACAAGUAUGAGGCGAAUCUGCGGGCGUUCGUGGAGACGAUCUUAUCCACGAAGGCAAUGACAGAUACUAAAAUCGUGCUUAUCACUCCACCGCCGAUCAACAUCCGCGAAUCGUUGCCAGAUUCCCCGAUUGGGUCCAACAGCGAGGACUUGCAGGCGUCUCUGGAGGAGGAGAAAAAGGCACGUGGCUACCGCACCUACAUGAAUAAGAAACAAUACGCCGAAAAAGUUAUGGAGAUCGCAGAAUCAUACGUGGCAUUGACUGAUAGAGUUAUCGGCUUGAACUUUUGGAAAAGCCUGAUAGACACCGCACUUGAACAACAAGGCAGACUCAAUGCUGAAGAUGCUUACGAUGAGAACAAGCUGCCAGGAUGCGGACUUCCUGGCGCCAAGGAGUUCAAGAAGGGAUUCUUCACAGAUGGGUUGCAUUUCGGUCCCUUGGCCUACAAGCUACUUUCGGAGGAUUUGAUCACCGCCGUGCUUCAGAAGUGGCCUGAACUAGGGAAAUAUAAGCUCUGA